GUGUUAAUCUGUGUGUUUUAUUUUUGCUGUGAUUGUGUUUAUUAUUGUUUACGGUUUAUUUUGGGUUUCUCGAGGAGGAUUAAGGAAGGUAUAUCUCUCUCUCAUGGUUUGUUUUGUUAGUUUUAGGUUUAUGAGGGUGGAUGAUUCCUAUUCCUAUCUUUCGUUAUCACUUAAAUCAUUGUAGUUGAUAAAAUUGAAGUUGCUUACUGUAUCUUCUUUUAUUUAGCAAGUUCAUGCAAACUGUAUUUUUAUCCAUCUCGGAACCGACUAUAACACUCCUUUUCCCGGCCCCGCGCCAAACAAUUCCCUCUUCCUCUUCCUCUUCCUAUCCCGGUGUGCCUCUUACACCAGGCAUUUCAUUAAUGUACGCUUGACCUUUACAAAUAGUAAGAGGAAAAAAAAAUGAAAAGAAACGGGAAAAGAAGUUUUUUUACAGUGUUAUUCCAGCCAUGUUUCCCAAAUAAUGCCUCCACCCAGAAUUGUCAAAUUUUAAUACUCGUCAGUGUAUCUCCUGUUCUGUAUUUAUUAUCAUUACGCGAGUUUUGGCUACUUGGGUGAUCUUGUAAUUGCCAUUUAUGAUUUGUUCCCUAACAACAUUUAAAGGAUUGUUAUGUAGGUAUUAGCUGGGUUAAUCUCGUAAUUGUUGUCUAUUAUUUGUAUCCCUUCUCUUCUCUUUCUUUAUUCUCUCUCUCUUCUUUUUUUGAGGAGGAUACGUGUCCUGAAUUAACCUAGAAAGAUGGAAUGACUAGCGUUAUCACUGUCUUCACUGAUUGACAGAGAAGAUGAAUGGCAGUUUCUUUUCCUUCUUUAUUAAAUUUUUGUUCUCAUAGAUAUCGAAUACUGCAGUUUAAGUGUGUUGUUCAUAUCUAGGUGGUGCUCAACAAUUUAUUGGUGAUAACUUUGAUGGGUUAUCUGUUAUUGACUAGCAGGAAUGGAACUAACUACUGCCAAAGAUGCAUUUGAUCGCGUUGCUGAGAAGCAAAAAUUAUCGUUUUCUAAAUGCCAAGAAGUAAUCGAUCAAGUGAGCCAGGAAAUUGAGCAGGCAUUGGUAAAAAUACAGUCAGUGGAAGAUCCUAUGUCUCCCGUUGAUCAGAAAUCCAUCCUCACAGAACUGAAGCACAAGCUUAUUGCAAUUAGUCCUCUCAAGCUAUUAGAAGGGUCACAGAAGGAAUUGAAUUUAAACCUUAGCAAGUUCCCUAAGGUCCUUGAAAAAUCAUUUCCUGACAUAUCCAAGGCAUACAGGGAUGUUGACUUUGAUUUUCAUAUAGUGAAUCAGAUAAUAGCAAGUCAUUUUUACCAUCAGGGAUUGUUUGAUCUUGGAGAUUGUCUCAUAAAUGAAGCUGGAGAACCAGAAGCAGCUGCUCUAAGAUCUCAUUUCCUGGAACUGCAUCAAAUACUUGAGGCGAUGAGGAUUAAAAAUAUUGAGCCAGCUUUGAAGUGGGCCUCUACCAACCGUGAAAAGCUAGUGCAGAAUGGUUCAAAUAUUGAGCUGAAACUUCACCAGCUGCAGUUUGUAGAGAUUCUAAAGAGAGGAAAUCGUGCUGAUGCCCUCAACUAUGCCAAAACUCACCUAGCUUCUUUUGCUUCUAGUCACUUGAAAGAGUUUCAAAAGCUAAUAGUUUGCAUAAUGUGGAUAGGCAGACUUGAAAAUUGUCCUCACUCUGAACUGUUUACUCCAAUCCAUUGGGAGAAGUUGACCGAGGAGCUGGCUCGGGAUUUCUGCAACUUUGUCGGUCAGUCCCUUCAGAGCCCAUUAAGUGUGGCAAUAGUAGCUGGGAUUGAAGGUUUGCCGACUCUCUUGAAGCUGGCAAAUGUAAUGGCUGCAAAGAAGCAAGAGUGGCAGGCCUUGAAACAGUUGCCGGUGCCAGUAGAGCUGGGAAAGGAAUUUCAAUUCCAUUCUAUUUUUGUCUGUCCUGUAAGUAGGGAUCAAGGCAGUGAGGAAAAUCCACCGAUGCUGCUGCCAUGCCUCCAUGUUCUCUGCAAGCAGUCUAUCAUGAAGCUAUCAAAAGGCAGCUCCAGGGCAUUCAAGUGUCCUUACUGUCCAGCUGAGGCUUCAGCUGCGCAGUGCAGGCAGCUAUAUUUCUGACAAAAUUUGCACUCCUGUGUAGGAAAAGUCUGGAGAUUUUGUGGGGGUCGGUGAUGAGAACAUGUUUUUGCUUGAGGGUUGCUGUAUAUAAACAUUCUUUUCAGAUUUAUGUUUUGAUUUUCGGAUCUUUCAGUUGCUGAAAUCCCAAUUAUAUGGAUGUAAAUACAUAAAAAAAGAACAUCAUGGACAUGUUACCUCGAUGUUUAACGCUUUUAUCAUGAUACUGGACUAGGGCGUCAGCGUUCAGUUGAAA